GUUUGAUCAAGAUUUGUAUCUGUGACUUCUUUUCCGUGGAUGUCGACACAUCCGGGAGAGGGUACGUGUAAAUGAUUCGAAUGUUUGAGAACAAGCUUGAUCCCGGCCGGCCUGAUUGGCUGUGCUCUCUUAUACGCUGGCCCAACACAAGGGUUGACUCGCGUCACAGGCAUUUCCAACAGGUGCCGCGUCAAUUCAGUUAGAUUCGACUAUUUACGUAUCUUUGUCUCUCUGCUGGAAACGUGGCUGGCCAUGGCGGUAUAAAAUAUACGACGUCGUAUUUAAGCGCGCAUUGGCACCCCCUCCGUCUAUGCAAUCCCCCCUGUCUUCUCUUGUGUCUUGUGAUCUAUGCCGAAAGCAACCAUGGUACCAGUUUCUGAGCUCUCCUGGACACAGGAGUUCGAUCGAAGAAAGUACACAACAUCAGACUUCAACGGCAAGUUCCGUUAUGCUGCAAGCACCAUGCGCGGUUGGCGCAAAAGUCAAGAAGAUCGGUUCAAAGUAGAUCUCGAUCUACCUGCUCCCAAAGGCUCGCCUUCGUCGACAAACGCAUACUUCGGUGUAUUUGACGGACAUCGAGGUUACACGCUCGCUGAAUACGCGUCCCAGACGUUACACGAAGUCCUCAUUGCAUCGCCAGACUAUACUGAGGACCUUAGCGGGAAUGAAACGGGUCUGAAGAGAGCCUUUACUGAUUCUUUCGUUGCCAUUGAUGACGACGUCCGCUGCCAACGUGUCCUGGCGUUGGAGAGGGAAGAGGAGGACCGGAACUAUCCACAGAAAAUAGGAGACCCAACUAUCUCCGGCUGUACCGCGACCAUCGCUCUCUGCGACGAGACUCGAAUAUGGACGGCUAAUGCCGGAGAUUCUCGUGCUUUGCUCUUUCGUGGCGGACGUGCACAACCCCUGACGAAAGAUCACACCCCACAUCGACCUGAAGAAUGGAAGCGUAUCGUCGACGAGGGCUGGUUCGUACGGGCAGGGAAGAUUCUAGGGGUACUCAAUAUCAGUCGUACUCUGGGAGAUACAGGUAUCAAGUUCCUUGACCGAACCCCCGAUAAACAGCCUGUUUGCUGCAUUCCGGAAGUAUGCAAAACACCAAUCGACCAGGAGGAUGAGUUCAUGGUGCUUGUGACAGACGGCGUCUGGAAUGCACUGCGCAAUAGAGCUGAGCUUACGAAAAACGGCCUGAAGACAGUGGAUCCCGAGGGAAACUGUCUCAGGGGCGUUUCUGUGCCUUCCGACGGUCCACCCCCGAAAAAUAUCGCCCAAGCAUAUGACAAGCUCGACGACGCCGAUGCGCUGGUCGCCGUCAAUAACUUAGGUCCCGAACAAACCUACGCGUUAUAUCAAACCGCCGAGGCAGAUUCAAAUCAAAACAUGUGUGAUGCAGUCCGAUGGUGCAUUGCCCAAAGGCUACCUCUGGAGAUGAUCUGCGAAUGCAUCCUGGAAUUUGGCCUCUCCAAUUACCAUGGAAACGACAAUAUGACGAUCAUUAUUGUCCCGAUAUUGCAUGGGAGGACACUGGAACAGUGGUACGCGUGGAUGGUGAAACGUAUUAGGGAGAGCUAUGGAUCUAAAGGUGUUCCUUCCAAGUUCCCAGUCUACGAGAGCCGUGGGAAGGGUUCGUUAGAUCUGGAUCAGAUCGUCGCGCAGGCGUUGGGGAAGUGACGAGUUCUCUGUCUUUUCU